GAGCGGGUUCGUGCCAACGAGCCAUCGAUUGGCUUAUAUUGCUGUUUACGGUGCGGUGAGAAUCGGUGGCGCGGUGGAACUGGCACUGCGGUACCGGACCCGACCCGACAGUGGAGAAGAUAUGGAAAGGGCAUCUGGCCACAGGGCUUGGGAGAGCCCUCUUGAGAGUACUAGGGAACACGGCCUUGCAAGUGGGAACAGGUGGGCUCGUGCUGGACCAACUGAAUCAACAGUUCCUAGGCUAGGGGACAUUGACCGAGAACUUCCCAGGCACUGCCAUUCUCCUGCUGGGAUGCAGAACCUCAUUGGGGAAUUUAGAGCACUUUAUGAAGAAAGGUUGCAUCGUCUAGAGGCAGCAAAUGAAGGGAAAGAGGAAAAUCUUAAGUUAAAGGUACGAGUACUGAAGGCCUAUGUCAGUGAUCUCAGUGAACAAAAUGAUGUAUUGAUUCAAGCAAUGGAAGAGAUGGAAAAGGAAUCAAGCAACAGAGCAGCAGAACUGGAGACAGAGCUGGAGGAGUUACAAGCUAAACUGCAUUCCUCAGAAGUCAAGCUGGCACACUUGAAAGCUGCAACCGCUGGACAUAUAUAUGAUCACCCGCUGUCCCUGGCUCAGCGCCCAGUGCCAAUGGAACACCUGUUUGGAUCCACGGCAACGCACGAAACAAACUUGUCCCAAGAAUGUACUGCAGAACAUGAGGAUAUCCAAGCACAGCUGUUAUCCAAGGACCAGUUUAUCCGAUGCCUACAGGAACAGCUGAAAGAUGCAGUCUAUUCCUAUGAGGAAUCAAGGGAAGAGGCUAUAGCAAAGGACAGUAAAAUGCAAGAACUGCAGGACACAAUAACAGAACUUCAUCAUGAGAUCUCACUAAAAGAUUCGGAAAAUUUCAACCAGCUGGAAGAACUGCACAUACUGCAGAACAGACUGAAAGCAAUCAGUCAGCAGAUGGAGAUCCCUCAGGUAUCAACACGAGAAAGUUACACAUUGCCUACCAGAAGUACUGAUCUGCUGAAGGCUGAGCUGGAAAGGCGAGACACAACAAUCCUGAAACUUCAAAAGGAAGUGCUUCUUUCACAAGAGAAGAGAGAUGAGCUUUCAUCAGAGCUGGAUGCUCAAGAGCAGAAGAUCUAUCAGUUACAGACGGAGCUGAGGGAGAGGGAUGCAGAGCUGGAACAGAAACAGAACCGCAUCUUGCAGAUAAACCAGGAACUAGAGGCAAACAUCAAGCUGUACAAAGAAACAUGCAAACAGGUGGCAGAGACCAAAGAUUGCCUUGCACAGGUGGAAGAAGAGAAUCAUACUCUGAGGGCCUGCAAACGUGAACAGAGUUCAGAGAUCGAAAAGCUCGUCGCUUCUGUUAAGACCCUUGAAUCCUCUGCAAAAAGUGACACGGAAGUGUUGUCUUCUGAGACAUUUGAAAGACAAAAAGAGCUGGAAGAGAAUCUAUCUGAAGCCCAAGCACAAAUCCAGCUGGGUGAGGCGAGCAUAGAGAGGCUGAGGAAUGAACUGCAAGAUGUCAGGCUGCGGGCAGAAGAUGCGGAGACACAGCUGUGUGAAGCUCGAGUCGAAGUGGAAGCUAUGAGAGAUAAAUACAAUCUUGCACUUAAAGAGGUGUCUGAGAAGAAUGAACAUCUGCAGAGAGUACUGAAGAGCCAGUUGGAGCUACAGUCAAAAUCUACACAACAAGCACAGCAGAUCACUGAACUGGAGAGUAAGCUGCAAAAGCAUGCUGACAGCCUUAAGGAUGCAACGGAGAAGAUCAGUCAACAGGAACAGCUAGAGAGGAAGCUGAUGGAGGAAAGGACGAGGCUGCAAGAGCACUGUCAUGAGCUUGAGGAGGAGUAUGACCAUUUACAUGCCAAGUUGAAAACUGAAAAUGAAGUGGCAGAAAAUGAGCAAAGUCAUUUGACCAGAGAACUGGUGAUUAAAGAGGACCUGCUCCGUCAUUUGGAAAAAGAACGGUUUGCCCUUCAGGAGAGAAGUAAAGCUGCAGAACAGAAGAUUCUGAAGAUGGACAUGACCAUCAGUGAUCUACAGCAGCAAAUGACGGCAUUUGGUUCAGAGAGAGAGUGCUAUGAAGAGACAGUUCGAAACCUGGACAGACAGCUACAAGACUGCAGGGCACAGCGAUGGGAAACUUUGGAAGAGGUGGAGAAGUUCAAGGAUGAAAUGCAUAAUCUCAGAAUGCAGCUAUCGCAGCAGCAGUCUGGCAUGGAUGCAUCAGAGAGACGGCUGCAGCUUAAAGAAGGAAUCGUCAGGCAGCUAGAGGAAGAGAGAGCAACAGUUCUGCAGCACCUCAAAGAGCAUGAAGUAAAGUUCCUGCAGGAAGAGGAUAAAAGGAAAGUUUUAGACCUUGAAUGUGAAUCACUUAAGCUGAUGCUGCAGAACAGAACAGAUGAGGCUCAGCAGGCAGAGGAGCAGUUACAGAAGUCACAGGAUGCAGCUCAGCAGAUGACACUGCAAAUGCAAGAAUUCCGAUUAGAGAAGGAGAAGGAGCUUAAAGCAAAGGAUGAACAGAUCGCUUCUCUGCAGGAGGACCUGACACAGCUUCAGAAGCAAUAUUCUACCUGCUACUCUCAGCUUUUGAGUGCUGAGGAGUCAACUGAAAAGCAGACAAAAGAUCUCACAGAUGUAAGAGAAGAGCUGUCUGCAAAAGUAGCAGAACUUUUAAAGCUGAAUACAGACAAACAGAAACUGGAGGUGGAUCUGUCUAUCCUGAGUGAGAAGCACAAAACUGCACAGCAGGAAGUUGCCAGCAGGGACCAGACUGCUAUGAAACUAAGUGCUGAGUUAAAAACAUGUGAAGAAAAAGUCAAAGAUGCAGAAGAGGAGGUGAGGGCUCAAAAACUUGAGAGUGAGAAUCUGUCCAUCAAGGUCAAAAACCUGCAAAGUGACUUGAGCAUCUUGCAAGACAUUUGUUCAGACAAGGAUGAGAAAAUGAUGCAUUUGGAGCAGACUGUCAAGCAACUUGAAGAGAAGAAACUGGUUAUCUUACAACAGAAUCAGAGCCAAGAAGCUAGCUUAGAGCAAUUGCAGAGAGAACUGGAAACUUCUAAACAGGAGCGGCAGGAAGAUUUGGACCAUUUCAGUAGCGAGACAUCCCGUUUGCAGAACAGUGUGGAUUCCUAUGUGCAGGAACUGCAGGAUAAACACUGCCAGCUGCAAGAGUGCAAAGGCACUAUAGAAACACUCAAGAAAGCAUACCAGCUGUACGAGGAGAUGUUAGAAGAGGUGUCUCAGGUGAAGGAGAAUGUGCAGGUGAAAGAGGUUGAGACUGAACAUCUGAAGAAAAAACUGUUGGAUAUAGAAGAUCAGAGGAAUACAGCUGAGAGUAAAUACCAGUCCCUGGAGCCGAUGGUAGAUUUAUACAAGCAGAAAUAUCAAGUGUGUUUGAAGAAGGUCACAGACCUGGAGAGCAGAGUACAGAAUCUGGAUGAAGACCUGAAAGACAGCAACAGUCAGGUUAAUGAGCGAGAUGACAUCAUUCUCAAACUGCGCAGUGAAUUGCUCAUCGUACACCAGGAGCUAGAUUCCAGGAGUGCACAGCUAGACAGUGCUGAGGAUGCCGCAGAUAAGCUAACCCAGGAGUUGCAGGUCACUCGCAAUGAGUUAGAUGCUUGCAGGCAACACAGUCAGCAAUGUGAAGAGGUUAUUCAAGGACUCCGGGACCAGGUUGCAGCCUUCCGAAACGAAGCAUCAGAACAGGAAGAGACACUGAUACAGCUACAAACAGACUUUGCUUCAUACAGAGCCAUUCACAGCCACUCAGAUUUGGAAUACGAGAACCUUUUGGGGAAAAAUGAAAGUCUAGAACAAGAACUUCUCAAGAGUCAAAAUCAGAUUUCUGAACAUACUCAACAGAUUGGGCAAUACCAAAAUCUCUUGCAGGACAUGAAAGUGGACCUGGUUAGAGUAACUGAGCAGAAGGACAGUUGUCUGAAAGAUUUGGCAAGAUCUGAAAAGGAAAUCAAGAAAUUGCAGAAUGACCUUACUUCAGACAGAGAAAAGCACAAACAGGAGAUGACAAAAGUGGAGCAACAAAUAGCUCGACUGGAAGUUGAAAUCAGCGAUGUUCAAAAAGUCUGUGCACAAAAAGAGCAGGCAAUACGAAAGAGAGAGGACCUUCUGCGGAAAUCAGAGUCAGACUUGCUUCAGGCCCAAACUACUCAGAAAGGGAAGGCCUUGGAAAUUGAUAAGCUGGCAUCUGUGGUCAAAAGCCUUGAACUGGACAUCCAGCGGCAGCAGAAGGAGAAAGAGAGGAAAGAGACUGAAAAUGCAUCCCUUAAGGAAGAGAUUCAGCACCUAAAGCAGGACUUACAAGAAUCCCAUCAACGCUACAGAGAGUCGGUCCAGGAGUUAGCACACUUAGAAGAAACAUUACUGCUGAAAGAGAGCAGCCUGCAUACUACCCAGGAACAGCUAGGUGACCGUGUGACUGAGGUCGUCAGGCUAGAGCACACAAACCGUAAACUGGAGUCAGAGCUGAAGGCACUGAGGGGGCGAUCUGUCAGCGAUGAAGAAGAACUGCGGGAGUGCAGGAAGCUACUUGAAAAGCUGAAAUCUGAACUUUCUCAAGUUAAACAAAAUCACCAGAAUACAGAACAAGAGGUUGUUAAACACCAGCAGAUAACACAGAAGAUGGAAGCAGAAGUCAGCAGUGCCAAGGAGCAUGUGAGAUCACUCCAGCAUCAGCUUCAACAACAUGAGAAUGAAAGGAAGUGCCUGAGACAGGAGCUAGAGCAGGAGCACCUUCAGCACCAAGAAAUGCAGAGACACAUGCAGCUUUCAAAGAGCAAGGUGUCUGAACUGCAAAGUGAACUGGAAGCUUUAACAACAAGAAAUCAGAGCAAUCAGCAGCUGCUAAAAGACCGAGAGAGGAAGAUUGUUGUCCUAAAGGAGCGUAUUGACCAGCUCCAGAAAAAAGUCAACAGUCUUGAAAGUGAGCAAAGAGACCAACAAACUGAGCUUCAGCUUACUAAAAACAAUCUUUCAGCAACUCUAAAAGAAAGUCAGCAGUACUCCCAGGAGGCAUCUCGAAGUGAGCAGACUGUAAACAAGCUUCGUGCCGAAUUAGAUGCAGUUCAGGAGCAAGCAAGAGAAUGCACAAGAGAGCUGGCUUUAGCGCAGCAAACCAUAAGAGACCUUAAACUUGGCAUCAUGUCUACCCAAGGAACCCAAAAAGAGAUCAUGGAACAGCUGAGCGAGAAGAGUCGAGACGCAGCAACUCUGCGUAAUGAACUGGUGCGAGCUCAACAAAGGAAUGCUCAGCUCGCAGAGGAAAAUGCACUUUAUGAAGAAAAGAUAAAGAGACUCCACAAUGAUCUAAAUAAACUGCAAAGCCUCAACAGAGAGACAGAAGAAGAGGUUCGGAUCUAUGAGGGUAGGCUCACAGAAAUGAGUAAUCAUUUCACCCAGUCCCAGAGGAAGAACCAAGAAAGUCUGCUUACAGCUGCUGCAAAGGAGGAAGAGCUGCUGACCCUGCAGAAGGAGGUCAUGUCGCUGCGUGAAAAGUACAACCGGAAAGUCAAAGAAAGAGACGGCCUGGAGAGGGAGCUAUCAAUAGUGAAACAGAAUCACACCACUGCUGCUAAAGAGGUAGAAACACUAAGAAGUUCUCUGGAGGCUGCAAGGUCUGACAAUAUGCGACUUCAUCGAGAAAGUGAGCUUGUUAUAUCCAAUGUCAACCAGUGGGUGAAAGAGCAAAAGCAAGCCAAUGAAAAACUUGGGAAUAAGAUCCAGGAUCAAAGCAAGCAAAUAGCUGCAUUGAUGGCAGAAACAGACCAUCUAAAGGAAUUGGUCAGCAGGCUGCAACAUGAAAACAAAAAACUUAAGACAGAAGUGGAUGAGAAGCGGAUUGAGCAUGAAAAGAUGAAGACUCUUCAGAGUUGCAGAAUGGAUCUACAGUCAGCACAUGGCCAUCUGACAAACCAACGUCAUGGAGAAGGCUCUCUGCGUUCAGCCAGAAGAUCAUUUAGCAGUCCUGGUAACUUGAGAAGGAAUAAGCCCCUUGCUGCAAACUGGAAUUUGGAGUGAAUGCAACAGUCUCUCCACUAUCAUACUUGGAAACUCUUCAUGCCUUCAGCAGCAGAUGUGACUUCUCCACUGAGGUCCUCAGCCUUAUGUCUAGGAACAUCAGUCCACUCUUCAGCUAUUCAUCUGAGAGCUUUUGCAACUUUUUGUCCCUACAGCUUCAUAUCUGGUAACUCUUCUACUGUCUCCAGCUUCCCUUGAUGUAUGUCAUAUGUUUCCAGUCUCCAACCUUGAAAUAAAAUGCCUUUAGCCUUGUAAGUGUCUUUUCCUGUGUCUGCAUCUUAAAAGACUGCUAAGGCCUCUUUACUUUUUCUGUUUAGCUUUAUAACAGAUACUGUUUCCAUUUCAACCCUGCAAGGUAGGUGCUUGUCUCCUAUUUCUUAUCUGGUUUCUCCAUCGUCUUUCAUUUCAGAAUAACUUCUCAACACCUUCAAUUUUCUAGCUGGUAUUUCUGUCUGUGUAAAAUACCUUGCACAUAAUAAUUUACUUUUUGUCUGCAUUCCUACUGUGUACACUGUCCUGCUUCCAGGCUAUGGCUUUCAAAGCUGAUGUCUCUGACUUUGUCUGAUCAGAACAUCUGAAAGUAAUGCAAGCAAGAGGAGCAGCACAACUAGAGAACAGCAUGCAGCGUUCGAGAAAAAAAAGCGUUUCGGUAACGGGAAACUAGAAGGAUGGUUCAAAAUGCAAGCUGAUACUUUGUUGCUGUAGUUCCUCAUGGAGAGACUUGAAUACUAAUAAUUGUUUGAAUAAUAAACAAACUCAUUUUGUAUGACUGACCCGAACCUGCGAAAAAAAAGCCCGUCUAUGAACCAGUCAAAUGUUAACGAUGUAUGAAUGCCUGAACAGGGAAAUAAAAACAGUUGUACUAUUGUAAUGUUUUAAAGACACUACAUAUGUAGUCCACUGUUGUGGUCUGUUAUGGAAAACACCAGAUGUUUAUGUUGCUUCUGCUGCAGUGUUCUCAGGGAGCCACGGAGUGUCACAGCAAAAUUAUAAAUGCACAUAUCCUGUAGUGUUUGGAUCUGUACACCACUUAGGCUGCAAAAUUGUUUAUCUUGCUGUCAGUACUUUGCUGAAUCCUGUUUUAUUAAUGAAGUUUAUUUACAUAACCAAGCUGUAAUGUCUCUAUGGCAUUGUGUCUGUUCACUAGAAAGACAUUGCCUUUUCUGUUACGUUUGACAAGAAUAAGGAUGGUAGAAAGAAACGCUGCUCAUGGUCAGAUCUAAAAGUUUCUGAGAAAGAACGCAAACUCAGUGCCUACACUGUCAGCUUAAAGUAUGUGACAAAAAUCCAUUAUCUAACAUAAGUGGUGUGGCUAUACAUUCUAGCUGUAAUGAGAAAUAUAGAAUAUAUCCAAGAAGUAACAGGUCAGAUUCCUGCCUUGCUGUCUCAGAACCAUGGCACUUGUUUUUUCUUGUAUGCCCUUAGUUCCCAUUGUCAUACAUGUAUAAUUCAGAAAACCUUGUAGAUCUCUCAUUUAAGGUACAGUAUUUGGACCACACAGUAGUCAGAGGCCAGAGGCCAUGUGCUGUGUUUCAAAAGCCUAAUUCAGUUAUGUCAUCUUUAUCUGUACCAUUUAGCCUUUAUUAACUGCUCCUGGCCUUGAACUAUACUAAUAUUUUUUGUCGUUAACCAUGUAAUGAAAUGAGCAGUGUGCCAUGCAAAAUGCACCAGACGUUAGUUACUACUUUGUACUGUAUGCUGAUGUGCUGCAUUUUCAUGCUUAUAUUUGUGGCUGAAUCAGGAUUACUGAUAUUGCUAGACAUAGCAGUUACAGUGGCUCAGCACUCCCAUGUUGAUGCCAGAAGAUCAGAAGAAUAUGGGGUUUAUCCCACACCAGAUCCUUGGAUUUGUAUUCCAAUACUGCUGCUGUAAUGCAGCCCAUGGUUGGGGGGGGGGGUCCUGCACUCCUAAGAAGUCAUCUUUUAGAGAAUAGUUUAAAGUGAUGUCUCAUCUACCUGACUCAGAGGUAGCUCAGGUAUAUGUUAAAGACUACAUGGCACUUACUGAAAACAAUAGAGAUGCUUUAGUGUUAUUAUGCAUCAUAUAUGCAUACAUAUUGUAUAUUUUAUAUAUGUGUAUAUAAAAAUGGUAGGGAAAUUCCCCCAGCAUCUUUACGAAAUAACCCCAACUCAAUAAAAAUAUCAUCUUUUGUAGGCCAUUGCCCUAGUGUACCUAACCUAGUCAGCUAAAAUAAAAAAUAACAUAUACUAUCACUCUCUCAAAGCAGGCUUUUGUGUUUAACUGUCAACAUGGGAACAUUUCCCCGCAGUUGAAAUCAUUGCUUUUCUGUAGAGGACUGGCUAGUUGAGGAAAGGAAUUGGAUGUGCUGGAAAUAUUGCAGGAUCAGUCUGAUGCUGAGAUAUCAUACCUGCUGAUUAAUUACUUUUUCAUUUCUUUGAUUUAUUACUAUAUGGCAUGCCUUGUUAAAGCAAAGGAGUUACAGUUGCCCUUAAAUAACUGUCUUUGUAUAUGUGAGGGGUAUUACCUUUCCUAUAGUAGGUUAUUCUGAUUUUAGAAAGUAUGACUGAGUCUACAGAUAUUUGAGUUGGUAUCCAUUUCAAUUUCUCCUUUCAUGCAUUAUAAAAUAAAAAGAAACUGAAUCAUUCUAUUUAUCAAUUUAAAACCGCAUUUCAAGAGAAAAACAGACUCUUUUCUGCUAAAGGCACUUUGUAAGUUGUCUGUGUUACACUUACAACUGAACCUUAAUGUUGGCCUGUGACCAUCUAUUGGGCUCCUAUGUUUCAGGUUCCACAGACCCCAGCACAUUGAACUAGCAGAUUCUUCUUUCUCUGCAUUUGCAGACAUUCUUGGCAUAAAAGCAGAUUUAAGAAAGCUGAUGUUUCCUUGUAGUUUAGUUGUGCAGUAUUGCGAUAGUUUCUUUUUGUGUCAACCCCACCAUAUUUUCACAACAUGGUGUCAUGAUUAAGCAGCAUGGGUUGUUUUGUAAAACACCCAGAUAAAACAACAGUGCAAGCACACUUUCAGAACAGCUUCCAACCCAUCAAGUCAUUAUUCUGGCCAUAAUGUCCUCACCUUCCUUUACUGAUUUAUUUACUCUUGUUCAUCUCUGAAGUUUGGCACAGUUACAUUUUCUACUUUUUUUGAAAGCACUGAGAAAAGGUAGUUUGGUAUAGAGGACUACAUGUAGCAAACAUAUGCAUGUAUCACUGUGUUUUUUGAGAAUUGAGAAUUGUCUUGCAGUAGGAAACAAACUAGAUCUCAAAGAAAACAGAGUGAUAUUUCAGAUAUUUAGUAAGUGCCACUGCUGUUUGUGUAGACCAUUAGGUACCAUUUCUUUAAAUAAGCACAUUCAUUUGAGACUAAAAAAACUAAGUAGGCAGUUUGCUGAAAGAUGUAUAAUUUACCCAAAGAUUUGGUGAACUUAGAGUUACUUAUUCAUAGUCUCAUAGGCAAAUACUAAUCUAUCACUCUGCAGACUAUUACAUGCCUAGUCAACAACCAGAGGUCAGAAUCAAACCCUGCACUUUGUAUCUUUGAGGUAAAAAAAUUAACCAUUACACCAACCUCCUAAUAAUAGUUAGGAGUUCAGGCAGCACAACCUCUUACAUAGGAAGUGCAGGGAGCAUUAUCAGUAAUAUAAAAAAAAAAUUGGUCCCAGAUGGCCCAUGUUCAGUUAGUGGCACAGGUGCUGGAGGUGCUGCAGGGGAGGGUGAGAAUGAGGAGUUAGCUUCAGCCAGCCUAUCCUGGGAGGAGUAAGCCUAGGCUUAUUGCAGUAAAACAGUGCCAUAAGCCUUGUGAGCUAUGUCCUGCCAAGCUGGUGUGCCAGUUAGCUGGGAGGUUGUGCAUGUGUCGAAACACUCAUUCACCUGCUGAAGGCAGUGAUUGCAGAGCAUGCAAGGCAGCUGCAGAAUGUCAGAAGUUAGGUACACUCCCUGGCUAUGGUGUGACACUACACCAGGAUUAUUUAACCCCUCAACAGCCCCAGACAUUGGUUAGGUUGCACUCAUGGGAGGCUUAGGUGGGUCUAGUAGACCGGUGAAUGAUGAGAGGAACUCGUGGCAGUGCAAGUGCAAGCUGAUGGUCGGCUGCAGGGAGAGAAAAGUUUUUUUGGUGGGUUGCCCAGUUCAUCUUUUGGUCUCAACCAAACAAACUUUUCAGAAUUAAUCUUCAACAGACUGUAGCAUAUUUAAGCACCCUUAUGUGAAAUUUUGUCUCUUGCAACUGGUAAUAUUUUGCCCUGUAAUUCUUUGCCAGGGCAUUUGCUCAAUUUGACAUAUAAUCAUUUCCAGGUUGUUGCUAUGAAUUGAGCAAUAAGAAUUCUGACAUUUUUUGCAACUCACCUACUAAGAAUUUAAGUUUUAGUGAGCUAUAAUUAAUGAGGAUCUGACUGGGGAAAGCUAAAAUCCAUAGAUGUUAAACAUCAUUUUUCAAAAAUACUGUCUAGGGAACUGUGAUACAAAUUAAGGGAGUUUCAACACACACACACACACACACACACAUAUUGCAGUGAAGUAAUAGCUGACUUUGCACUAGCAGAUAAAUAUAAUGUUUGAGACUAUUAAUUGCACAUCUUCUACUUAAAUAUGUAAACCAGUUUAUUUAUUUAUUUAAUGAAUUGAAUGGUUGGCUUUGUUAGAAAAAAAUGUAAAUUUAGUAUUGUGUUCCAUCAGUUUACUGUAAAUGCUGUGCACUUGUGAAUCAUCUGAUUAUGUGUGAAUCAAACCUGUAAUUACUGCAGUGAUGAAAUACUUUAUUUUUUCUUGGAAGUUUUACAGAAAAUGUUUGCUGCAUUUUUGUAUAUGUAAAUAACUUUUUUAGGCUUGUAAUGUUUUGGAAAACAUAUAUAUUUUAUACUGUACAGGUGUGAUGCUGUAAACUUUUACAUAAAAUAAAGGGAAA